AUGUCGGAAACUCCCCAGAAGCCCCUCCCCUUCGUCUACCAGUUCGCCGCCGGUGCGGUGGCUGGUGUCUCAGAGAUUCUGAUCAUUCAGCUUCAGACCGGACCCGCUGUCCCCGGUGUUGACCACUACAAUGGCAUGUUCGAUUGCUUCCGCAAGAUUGUCAAGAACGAGGGUGCUUCCCGUCUAUACCGUGGUAUCUCCGCCCCCAUCCUGAUGGAGGCGCCCAAGCGUGCCACCAAGUUCGCCGCCAAUGACAGCUGGGGUGCGUUCUACCGCAACCUGUUCGGCGCUGAGAAGCAGACCCAGGGUCUGGCUACCCUGACCGGUGCCACUGCCGGUGCCACCGAGGCUUUCGUCGUCGUUCCCUUCGAGCUGGUCAAGAUUCGUCUGCAGGACAAGGCCCAGGCUCACAAGUACAACGGCAUGUUCGAUGUUGUCAAGAAGAUUGUCGCUGCUGAGGGUCCCCUCGCCAUGUACAAUGGUCUCGAGUCCACUAUGUGGCGCCAUGUCCUCUGGAACGCCGGUUACUUCGGCUGUAUCUUCCAGGUCCGCGCCCAGCUGCCCACCCCCGAGCCUGGCAACAAGAACCAGCAGACCCGUAACGACCUGAUCGCUGGUACUAUCGGUGGUAUCACCGGUACCGUCCUCAACACUCCCAUGGAUGUUGUCAAGUCUCGCAUCCAGAACACCACCAAGGUCCCCGGUCAGACCCCCAAGUACAACUGGGCCUGGCCUGGUCUCGGUACCGUGAUGAAGGAGGAGGGAUUCUCCGCCCUGUACAAGGGAUUCACUCCUAAGGUUCUCCGUCUCGGUCCCGGAGGUGGUAUCCUCCUCGUCGUCUUCACCGGUGUUAUGGACUUCUUCCGCAACAUGCGCGGCGAGUAA